CGUAAAAAAGCGAAAAGGUGGUAAAAAGGAAUACAGAAAUUGAUAAGAAUUCCAAGUUCAUUUGGGGGUAUUUAAUAAACUGUUUUGGUUACGUAUUUCUAAAGUUUAUACUCGUACGGCAGCUGUUGCUAAUAGUUAACAAUAUUAAUUGCAUUGCAUUUAACGCCAGCACAUGACAAGAACGCCAGUGUUACGUUUACUGAAAAUAGCUGACUACAAUUGUAAUUUCCACAAAUUCAGCAGAAAAUCAUUAAGCAGCUGCUCUAAAACAAUCCCGCAAACGUCCACCGUAACUCCUACAAAUAUGUCAUUGAACGAAGCAAAACGUAUUGCUGCACAUCGCGCCGUCGACGAAUGGGUGAAGACAAACACAGUCGUAGGUAUUGGAAGUGGUUCCACAGUAGUAUUUGCUGUGGAGCGCCUGGCUGAACGUGUGCGAAAUGAAGGUUUAGAGGUCAUAUGUGUGCCAACCAGCUUUCAAGCACGUCAGCUAAUUGUGGAGAACAACUUGAUACUCGGCGAUCUUGAUCGCAAUCCUAAACUGGCAGUGGCAAUCGAUGGCGCCGACGAAGUGGAUCGGCAGAUGGUACUCAUAAAAGGUGGCGGCGGUUGUCUACUGCAGGAAAAGAUAGUGGCAUCAUGCGCAGAGAAGUUGAUAAUAAUUGCAGAUUAUACGAAAAAUUCGGAACAUUUGGGCGAUCAGUACAAGAAGGGUAUACCCAUUGAGGUGGUGCCAAUGGCUUAUGUACCGAUUAGAGAACGCAUUGCUGCUAAAUAUGGUGGAGAGCUUAAACUACGCAUGGCAGUAGCUAAGGCUGGACCUUGCGUAACCGAUAAUGGCAAUUUCAUACUCGACUGGCACUUCAAACAAAACUGCGACUGUGACUGGGCAAAGGUUAACAACGAACUGCUACAAAUUCCCGGCGUUGUUGAAACGGGUUUAUUUGUGAAUAUGGCAACAAAAGCUUAUUUCGGUAUGAAUGAUGGUAGCGUUAAGACACAGGACAAAUAAGUUACUAAAUGGGGCAAAUAAAACGUUCAACACUCAGGAUAGAUAAUGCGAAUUUUUACGAUAUUAAGUAUGUACUCUUAGUUUUUUAAAUUUUUAUGUUCCUACAUUUUUUACCCUACUUGACACACACGUGAAAAUAAAAUAAAGUUUCAGUGUAAAUUCUAUAA